AUGGACAAGGAACGCUUGGAGAUGGCCAACUCUUUUGGGAUGAUUCCGGUGCACAUCAAUGACCAUAAGGAUGUUGCCGAUUACCUCUUAUCGGUUGAGCCACAUGGAAUGGGUCGUCCAAUCGAUGCAAACAGCUUCCGCUUCCCGGUUUCAGUCGCGCACAAGGCGAUGCGAGCAGUGCGACUGGAGGUCGACAAGAGCGACUCUAUCUCGGUGGAUACCAAGACUAGUCGCAAGCGAGGCAACCUGAUCCUCGUUAGUGACUUCUUCUUCAGCACCGACAACUUCCCCAUUGACAUACUCAUGGAGAAGAGUAUUACGUUGCGGGGCGGGCAGCUGUUUUACCAGAAGAUAAGAAACGCCCUUCUUUUGGAGUUUCGCAGAGGCGCUAAUUUCGAGCCCAGCACUUCCUAG